UGCCCUCUCCCGUCGGAUUCACUGCGAACCGCGCCGUACAUCAGCCCCGCCAGCGGUCCAACCAAGAGUAAGAUAUGGCAAUGUUGUCUCUUGAGUGUCUGCGAAAGCACCGGCUCCCGCUCCCUUCUGCCUGCUCACUCAGCCACUGCUCAGCCAACGAUGGCACCCAAGGUCCAAACGGCCGUGGUCCAAUCCAAGCAGUCCCCAACCGGGUCGGCGGUUCCGCUCGCCAUCUCGCGCUCGCAGCCGGUGCCCGAGCUGCCCACCCCUUACCAUGUCCUCGUACGCGUCCGCGCCGUAGGGCUGAACCCGACCGACUACAAGAUGAUUACCCACUUUUUUAUGGAGGGGAACACCAUCGGGUGUGACUUCUGCGGCAUCGUCGAGGUCGCAGGUCCCUCGGCGCUCUAUAAGCCCGGCACCCGGAUAUGUGGUGCUGACUUCCCUUACCGCCCCAACAACCCGUACAACGGCGCUUUCGCCGAGUACGCCGUGUGCGAUUCGCGUCUCGCCCUCGCUGUCCCGGAGGACUGGAGCGAUACGCGGGCAGCCGCGCUGGGCGCCAUCGGUUGGGGCACUGCGUGUCUGGCCAUAUCGCCCGAAGAUGCACUGGGCUUGCCGGGAAGACCGUCUCGGCCGGCUGAGAAGCCGCUUCCGGUCUUGGUGUACGGCGGAGCUACGGCCACGGGUAUCAUAGCCAUCCAGAUGUUGCGGCAAUCUGGAUACGCGCCCAUCGCCGUCUGCUCGCCCCAGUCCGCAGCCCAGGUCAUGAGCUACGGCGCGGUCGGCACGGCUUCAUACACGUCGCCCGCUGGCUGUCUGGAGGCGGUCAAGAAACUCGCCGGCGGCGUGCCCGUCAAGCACGCGCUGGACUGCAUCACCGACCCGGAGUCGGUGGCCACGUGCUUCGCAGCGCUGUCGAGGGUCGGCGGGCGCUAUGCCUGCCUCGAGGACUGCCCUCCGGCGUGGCGCACGCGGGCGUCGGUCCGCGUGAAGGUGGUGAUGGGCUUUGAAGCGCAGGGGGUCGAUGUCGAUCUCGGCCACCCGGUCUACUCGCGCAGCGCGAACAUGGACCUGCACGCGCUCGCGUCGGAAUGGCGCGCCGAGCUGCAGCCUCUGCUGGACAAGGGCGCCCUCACGACGCAACGCAUCCGCGAGUGCGGCGACGGGUUCGAGGCCGUCAUCCGCGCCGUCGAGGUGCUGCAGCGCGGGGAGGCAAGGGGGCAGAAGCUUGUUGUGAUUAUCUCGGCAGCAUGAUUGGCAUCGCCAGUUAAGCCAUUGAUUGGAAUCGAAAUGAAGCGUCUGCAUGUUUCUGGUUUCCAACUCGGUAGUGGUGUAAAGUGGAACCUCGAUGUGGAAUUGGCUUCUUCCAAAAGUGGAAGUUUGUGG